AUGGAGAACGCAGACAGGGAGGCUUUAUUCGGAGAGUCUUCCUCCCGACGUUCGGCUUCGCCGCCUAGUGCUGCUGGUGCUGCUGCUAGCUCCGGUGCUGGCAGCAACCGAGCUUCAUCGCAUCGUCGCGGAGGAGCGGUGGGAGGGAGGAUUCAACACUACUCUGAUGAAUCGCCUGAUGUGCGGGGCAAUCUCGAGGAGCAACAGCAACAACCUCCGCCGUCGGGGCCCUUGCUGUGGGCGCAAGUGCGGGAUAGCAUCGACGUGACAGAGCGCCGGCGGGGCUUGCGGUCGGCGUACGAGUCGGUCGAGGUCGGCAGAGAAGCCCUGGAGCGCCUCGAUGAUCAGAAAGAAAGGCUGGAGCGAUCAGAGAUGGUGCUGGACUCGACCAGAUACGCCAUCGAGAGGAGCGCGCGGAUCCUGAGGGGCAUGACCUUCUGGGGCAAGAUACGAAACGCCUUUUCGGACGAUCCCCAGGUACCACAGCAGCCUGCAGGUAGCACCCGGGCAGGAACAGCGACCGGCGACGGCGGCAACGGCAACGACGACCCCGAUACCCCGGCGGAGGGAUUCAUCUGUCCCGACUGCAGGGGGCUUUUCCCCACCUCGGACGUUCUCGUCGCCCACUACGGCUCAGCCCACACCAUCGCGGAAGGCGGUGAUGGCGUCGCAGGACGCCUACCUGGAUUCCGUCGGGCAGGCGGUGAAGGAGCUGGGCAUCCUAAGCCGCAACAUUGGGGAGAGCCUGGACGGGCAGGGGGCCACGCUGGACCGGGUGGCGGAGAAGUCGUCGGAGGCGAACGACCGCACGGCGUUCGUGACGCGCAAGGCCGCGCGUCAGGCGCAGAGCUCGAAGCCCAAGAACCCGACCUUUGUCAUGAGCCUGGCGCUGCAGGAGGUGUCGACGGGCCUGUACCUUGCGGUCACCGGCGAGGAGGUGGUGCUGCAGGGCAGGGAGCUGAGGAACGUCUGCCGCUUCGAGGCGUGGGAGAGACAGGUACACUGGGCGGCAGCAGCAGUACCCAUGGAAUCAUCGGCCUGAAGAGCGGCGUCACGAGGAAAUGGCUCGGCCAGACGUUCCUCGGGUACCUCAGGGUGUCCGGCUCGAGCUUCGGCAAGAACCACGAAUGGCAGGCCGACCUGCGGCGAAAGGAGACAACCAUGGUCUGCUGCUCGGCCAACUGGGGCGCGGGCGGCUACCUCUCCGUCCGCCCCAGCGGCACCAGCAUCAGAAACGGCGAUACAACCCUCGAGGGUCCCACAGCGGCCAGCGGCGGCAACACGAACAAUUGCGGUCGCGAUUCGGCGGCAGAGAUGGCCGAGCUGUCCCUCGUGGACGCGACGCUCGCCAACAGGCCCCGCGCCGCGGUGUUCCGGUUGGUGAACUGCGACGGUUACACUCCGCAGCCGUUCGUCGGCGGGAAGCUGAUGCGAAAUCCAGAGCCCCCCGUCGGCGGGGGGUCAGGGGCGGGCGGACAACUGCCUCCUCGCCCGAGCUCUGGCGGCGGGAGGGGCUGGGGAGGCGAAGGUGGAUGGUAA